AUGCCAUCAAGAAACUCCCCGUCAGCCUCGCUCAACGGUAGCUCAGCUCCAACAGCGGCCGAAGGCCUCUGGACCAUAUCGCCUAUCCCUGGAAAGGGUAAUGGCAUACUCGCAACGAAGCCCAUUACUUCGGGGACUCUCAUAAUAAGCGACCCGCCCCUAUUAACCACAGCCUGCAUAAAAUCCAUCUCAACAACGGAAUCUGACCUUGCCCAUACACUCCGCUCCCUCCCAAAGGCCAAACAAAGAGCCUUUCUCUCUCUUCACAACAAUUAUGUCGGCCAGAAGAACCCACUCUCCAACAUAGUCCGGACAAAUGGAUAUCCUCUCGGACCUAGCUCUGACGUUGGCGGCGUAUUCCAGCAUAUUUCCCGCAUAAACCACAGUUGUCUCCCCAACGCUACACAUUCAUGGAAUGCAGCGCUCGAAACGGUGACAGUAUAUGCUGCGCGGGACAUUGCCGAGGGUCAGGAAAUCAUGGUCUCUUACCAUGCGGGCGGACCAUCAUGGAUGCGCCAACAAAUUCUGAAAGACGGAUUUGGGUUUGAUUGUACUUGUGAACUUUGUACUCUACCUACCGAGAAGUUACACGAGAGCGAUGCGCGGCUCACGCGUGCUCAAGAAUUGGACACCGCUAUAGGAAGGUCGCACAGUGUACGAUAUACUCCUAGCAAGGUGCUACAGAACUGCCGCACACUGGCGGGCAUUUAUGAAGAGGAGCAGAUCAAGGAUGAUCGUACGAGCAGGUUGUGGUUUGAUGCGUUCCAGGUGUGUAAUAUGCACGGGGACAAGGCACGCGCGAGUGUCUUUGCGGGGAGAUAUUGUAAAGAGAAGAAGAGAAAUGCUGGGGAGUGGAGCUUGGACUUGAAAGAGAUGCAGCCGUUCGUGAAGGAUCCAGGAAAACAUGAUAGUUUUGGCAUGACGAAGGAUUGGGAGUCGGAGGUUAAUGAUGUACCACGGGGGGUGGAUGAUGAGGCGUUCGAGAAGUGGCUUUGGAGCAAGGCCACAUAA